AUGCAACGAUUUCUCCGAUCGCAUGAAGCCGCAAUUGGGGAAGUUAAGGCGAGGGAUCAUGACGAAGAGCGCGGAGAUCUAUCGGGCGUGUCAAAACUUGCAACGCUGGACGACGGAAGGUGGAAGCUCACGAAAAUGGACGAGAAGUUGUCAACGAAGAUAUGGCUCAAACUGGGUUAUGACCCCGAGAAGCUGGCUAAGUUUUACCAUUUUGAUCGGAUCGCAAAGAAGCCAGACACGUCGACCUAUGUUGUCGGCUGGUUUGGUUCGCAAAGUACUACCGAGCGACCAAGGGAAUCAAUUGGUUUCCCAAUUAUCAACUGUGCUCGGUGCUGA